AGAGAUAAGCGCUUGGCACAAACUCUGGGCCAAUCCCGAAUCCCCGCGCUCCGCACGCUUUGAGCGCGCGCGCCAUGGCCGGUGCGCGCACUUCCGGCCGGAGGCUGGUGACAUCUUGGCGAGGAGGGCUGCCAGCGCUCUUCGCCCUUUCGGCGGGGACCUUCGCGCGCAGCUUCCAGGUGUUCGGGUCCGAGGCACGCUGGAGGAGAGCCAAGGAUGGCUGCACCUUGGUUUCUGCGAAUGUGGCAGGCUGCGUCAAAACACAGGUGAUCGCUCGGCCAGCCGCCGGCUAUGAGUUUGGCCCCCUCUACGCAGUAGACGCGGUGGCUCCGCACGACGCCACGGUGAUUUGGCUCCACGGCCUAGGGGACACCGGGGAGGGCUGGGCGGACGUGGGGCCGCAGCUGCAGCAGAGGCUGCCCUCGGUACGGUUUCUCUUCCCCACGGCUGCGGAGCAGCCUGUGACGGUGAACGGCGGUAUGUGGAUGCCCAGCUGGUUCGACAUCAACUCCCUGAACCCCAACAACUUUCAGCUGAACCCUCCGGGGCUGAAGCAGUCCGCUCGCUACGUGCUCGCCUUGGUGGAGGAGGAAGUGAAGAAGGGGGUGCCUCCAGACCGCGUGGUGCUGGCCGGUUUCUCCCAGGGCGGCGCUGUGGUGCUGGAGGCGGCUCUGAAGGGCGAGGUGAAGACAGUGCUGGUCUUGAGCUCCUUCCUGGGCAGCCGCUGGCCGAGGCAGCUGGAGGACCCCCCGGAGGUCCACUUCUUCCAUGGCGAGGCGGACCCGGUAGUGCCCAUCGACUGGGGUAUGCGCAGCCUGAAGAAGCUGAAGGCGAGCGGGGUGAAGGUCAGCUUCACCUCCUAUGAGGGCAUGCAGCACUCCGCUUGCGCACAGGAGCUAGAAGACAUCGCAGCCGUCCUGAGCUCUGUGCUGGGCUGACGGGCGGACGGGCGGACGGGCUGGCGCCUACCCUGCGCCUACCCUCCUGCCCAGCCCCUUUCGGGAAGCUGUUUGAGCUUGGGCUGUUUGUCCUGGAA